CUUCUUCUUUUUUUGUGGCAGCUGCGAAAAACCACCGCUACUCCGACGCCAGCGAAGCGCAGGGUGCAGGCCUUCAUGCCAGGGAUGGGUAAGAAAACUCGCCUCACGGGUGGAACAGUCGGUCGGAGAACGAUCCUUCAGCUUUCACCCCCCGGGCUACGCAGUGGGAAUGUCGGGGAGAGGGAGGAAGCAGCCUCGGGAUCUGAUGAUGAGCAGGAGGGCGACGGACACAGAUUCACGAGAGAGAACCGCACAAUCAUGAAGCUGCCCGCAGCGAAGGCCACAGAGGGCUUGUCCCUGCUCGGAACCUACGAGGACAGUGAUGAUGAGGACGAUGCUGGAGACUCUCUACGCUCGAAUGCAAAUUCUCAACACAACCAGUCAGCUGACAUCGACAGUACACUGGCCAAUUUCAUGGCUGAAAUUGAUGCAAUCACCACUCAGCCAAGUUCAGAGGAGGCAGCAUCUCAUCCCUCAGUCCCGACUAACAUCCCUCCCAAACCCGAGGCUGAUACUCAGCAGCCCUCUGCCGGUGACGGACAGAAUCAAAGCACAGCUUUUGAGUACAAUACUCAGUAUUCACUAGCUGGAGUGGAUGUGGAGAUGGGAGACUGGCAGGAGGUGUGGGAGGAGAACCCUGGUUGCCAUUACUACUGGAACACUGUGACCAACGAGGUGUCCUGGGAGCUACCACACUAUCUCGCUGAUCAGGUGCAAAGCCUGGGGCAGCAUGCCAACAGCUCUAGUGUUAAUGGCAACGGUCCAGCCCAUGGAGCUUAUUAUACAGAGAAAGAGAAAUCUGCAUCUGCUGCAGUUCCGACAGCAGCGAAAGAGAACAAAGUGAAGGAGGUAAUCGAGAGUGUUGUAGGACUCACAAGUGAAGAGGAGGAGCGUCAUGGAGUAGCUGCGUCUCUGCUUGGUCCACUGAUCCCCUCUGAAGUAAAAGAAGCAGAAGAGAAAUGGAGAAAAAGACUGAUUAAAGGUUUAGAUGACACAGAGAACAGUGUGGAUUCUGAUGGCGAGGGUGUACGUCCAGCAGGAUCCCCAGCUAUCCCCCCGUGCGAAUCAGACUCUGUUCCCACUCCCCAUAAAGACACUUGUGCCAAGAAGCAGUCGAGAGACAACUCUGAUGCUGAGGAGGAGACAGAGGAAGACACAAUGGAUCUGGAACUGGCUCUGGAGAGGAAAAAGGCUGAGCUGCGGGCACUGGAGGAGGGUGAUGGGAGCACCGGGGCUUCCAGUCCCUGUUCUGAGACGAGCCAAGAAGCCUCUGGAACUCGUGGUAUUCCACUGAAGAAAAACCGGUGGAAGACUGCCUUCCCCUCUGCUUCCAGCCCUGACUCUAACAGCAGAGGCUCAGACCAGCAGGACAACACAGAGACCACACUUCCUAAAGUCCUGGAGAAUGUUGCAGAAGAAGAGGAAGAAGAAGAGGAGGAGGAAGAAGAAGAAGAGGGAGAAGAAGAAGAAGAAAAAAAGGAAACCGACGAUUCUGAAGACAAAGCGGUUUCAAAACCUCUGGUAAAAGAAGAAUCAGAAACCCCUGAGCUCAAAGUGGAAACGCCUGAGCUCAAGUUUCAGAUUGGAGAGCUGGCAAACACCUUAACCAGCAAGAUGGAGUUCCUGGGGAUAAACAAAAAAGCAAUCUCUAACUUCCAGUUGCUUCUUCUACAAACAGAGACACGAAUUGCUGACUGGAGGGAGGGCGCUCUGAAUGGUGUCUAUCUUCGCCGCAGGCUGCAGGAAGCUGCUGAACACAUAAAAUUUUACGAACUUAACGCCGCCCCUAAAGGCUGGUCCUGCCACUGGGACAGAGAACACAGGCGGUAUUUCUAUGUGAAGGACCGGACCGGUGCCUCCCAGUGGGAUUUCCCUUCAGAGGAGGACAAGGAAGAGGACCUGAAAGGCAGCGAAGGAGCGGAGACACAGACUUCCAGCCAAGGAGAUACAAAAACAGUGUCUGCACCUACUGGUGGGAUCACAGGAUCUACUUUUGCUGUUGCCCCACCAGCCCCCCCUCAGCCCAGUGCAUUCUGGUCCCCAUCCCAACCUCCUCCUCCCGACAGCCCCCCGCCUCCACCUUCCAACUACCCCCCACCUCCGCCUCUCCCCCCAGGCUCGCCUCCUCCACCGCCUCCUCCUCCUGACAGUGAUGGGGAGAUCAUGGAGGUGGAGAUGGAGAUGGAUGAUGACAAUGACGGGGAGCCUCCAGCCCCUGGAACUGAGGAGGACGGCAGUGGGAGGCCUCCUUUACCUCCAGGCGCUUCUAGCAUGAAGAUCGUGGAGUCACCGGGCCCCUUGGUGAAGGGUCAGAAACGUAAGGCUGGUCAGCUGAAUAAAGCCAUUAUAGGCAGCAGUCCCAUUCUCUACACUCAGCCUGCUGCCACUGCAGCUCCUCUUAUCUCAGCAACGGCCUACUGGGGCAUGUCGGCUGUCGCAGUCGCUGCCCCCUUGGCGCCUUGUGAACCUCCGCUCCCACCAGUCCCAGCCUUACCUCCUCUACCGCCUCUGCCACCAUCGCAGCCACCUUUGGAGCCUCCUGCGGCCAAAGAUCUGCCCUCAGACAAGAGCAAGAAAGUCAAAAAGGAUAAGUCGAAGAAGAGUAAGACCAAAAUGCCUUCUCUGGUGAAGAAAUGGCAGAGCAUCCAAAAAGAGUUGGACGAGGAAGAGAAAAGCAGCUCCAGUGACGAGGAUAGAGACCAGAUGAACAAAAAGAACAUAGAGGACUGGAGGCAGGCGCAGCUCCAGACAGGAAAAGCGUCAAAGAACGCCAACUUCGAGGCCCUUCCUGACGACUGGCGGCAGCGACUGAAGAAACGGAAGUUGAAUAGCACGUAACAUCUGGCCUCGGUUAUACACCACCCAUCUAAAAAUUUUAUUUUCCAAAUCCACUCCUACUGGCCCCACAAGGUCGUCCUCCCCUGGUUAACGUUUUGCUCAGUGGUCUGUGGACUUUUUUUCUACCACUGUUCUUGUUCACAUGGAGACUGUACAUCUUUGUACAUGGAGACAUUUAAAGGCUCUAACACGGCCAUGUUGUUUUUUGGUUGUUUUUGUAGCUACGUUUGUGCCAAAUGUCUUGAGUUCAUUACUUUAUUGAAGACUUCAACAACUAGAUGACCACCACAGUUUAAAAUGGAGGGAUUGUGUAUUUUAUUGAGCAUUUUUACAACUGUGUACAUAAGCUGUAUUAUGGGUCAAGCUGUGUUUUAUUUUUAUUUUUUUUGAAGAAAAGUGAAUGUCACUGAACUUGUAUAUUUUGUAAAAAGUUAUUAAACGUUUUUUUUCCAAA